GCUAGUAAUGGACAUGUGCGCGGCCAUGUCGAUAGGUGAGAUCAAAAAUAUAAAUCCCUCACGAAUAUUAAGUCUGUUGCCUUCUGACGCCCGGCACCUAUCCGGCUAAUGUGCACUGUCAUGUACUCAGCCUCAGCAGAGCAUAGUACGGUGUAUGUUAAGCUGGUUACGGGAACCGCCAUAGCGUGGUCGCUGUCGCACGUUGGGUUAGACUUAACUGAGUCUCGGUCAAAUGGAUGGACGACUUAGAGGCAGUAAGUUGGGCUCAUCAAUGACAAGUCGGAUGAUUUUACUCACUCAUCCAGCCAGGAGUUGGAUCUUUAUGAUUUAAUUGGAACUCUGUUCCUAACCAAAGUAGUCUGCUUGUAAGACGUGCCUUAGCCAAUUACAAGUAUGGUGAAAAGGUGUCCUGGUCCGGUUGUAGUAAUAUUGUUCGCCCAACACCAGACCAAGAGCUGAGAGCCCGGCUCAUCAGUUGGAACUAUGUUCCUACCUAAAUAGUUGUCUUGUGGAGUAACGCCCAAGCGGAACGCAAGAUAAUGAAAUAUGGAUCUUGGCCCACUAGAGGUUUCGUUGGAAAUCUCCGAAUCAAUAUCGAGGGUUAUUGAUUUGUUAAAAAUAGUGGGAGAUAAUUAAUUUAAGGCCUAAUUAAUUAUUAAACAUGAUAGAUAACCUAGUUUGCAAAAUUUUCUGUAGAUGGCAAACAACAACAACCCUUUCAACCUACGUUACAUCCUGGAAAACAACAAGUUAUCCGGGACCAAUUUUCUUGACUGGGAGAUGAACCUCCGGAUCGUUCUUGACUGUGAGAGGAAACUCUACAUCCUCGAAUCGGAUCCUCCCAAGACCCCUGAUGCUUGUGCGUUCGAACUCACUUCCUUCAAGAAGUAUGAGGACGAUGUGCAAGAUGUAAAGUGUAUCAUUAUGGCCAGUAUGACCGCGGAGCUCCAAAGGCUCCAUGCGGACAUGGAAGUGCGUCCUAUGAUACAAUGCUUAAGAGACCUUUACCAGGGUCAGCCCCAAAACUCAGGAAUUUACGUUAUCGAAGUAAAUAUGUCUGAUAUCACCUCUUGGGUGAUGGAUACUAGAUGUGGUUCUCACAUCUGUACUUCUAUGCAGAACUUGCAUGAAUGUAGACAAUUGACGGAGGGAGAGAUACAACUAAAAGUCGGCAAUGGCGCACUCGUCUAUGCAUUGGCCGUCGGAACCUAUAGUUUAUCUCUACCUAGUGGUCUUAUAUUGCAUUUGAAUAAUUGUCUGUUUGUACCUAGUAUGAGCA